AUGGCGCUCAACGCAUUCGGCACGUCCUAUCUGGAAUCAAUUCUCUCCUUGGUUGGGCUCUCCUUGAUGGUUCUGGUUGCAUAUUUGUUUAUCAGCAGCCGACGAGCAGGACUGUCACACAUUCCAGGCCCAUUCUUAGCCAGGUACACCAACAUAUGGAGCUUGUACACGACUUGGCUCACGAGUCAGAACUACAAUCGCGUAUCCUUUCACAACAAGCUGCGGUCACAAUAUGGAGACGUGGUACGCACCGGACCUAACUCUGUCACUGUUUUCGAUCCAGCCGCCGUGACACAAAUAUAUGGAGUUCGUUCAAAACUGGACAAGGGCCUUGCUUACCUCCCAUUCCGCCGCUCAAAUGAGAAAACAAGCCUGCUGUCCAUUCUUGACGAGAAGACGCACUCCCAAUAUCGCCGACUCGUAUCGAAUGCCUACUCUUUGUCCUCUCUCAAGGGUUACGAACCAUACGUCGAUGAAAUGGUGAAUCGCCUUGUCGAGGUCUUCGAUGGACAUGCUGCGGACCAUACGCCACUGAACAUCAGUCUCUGGUGCCACUACUACUGCUUCGAUGUGGUUUCCAAAAUAACCAUGGGUGAAGCUAUUGGGUGUCUCUCUGGACAAGACACCCUUGGUCUCAUCGACAUGGUCAAAGACUUUCGUGCGUACGCUGGGGUGGUGUCUCAGAUGCCCUGGCUACACCAGCUGUUGCGCGGGAAUCCUCUACGACCCAGGGGCAAGCCAACCCCCUUUAUCCGCCUUGUCUCGAAGCUGGUGGAAGACCGCCUUGCAACUCCCGAUCCUGAAGGGCAAAGACCGGAUCUUCUUUCGCACUUUGUCGCAACUCAUGCGACAUAUCCUGAACGCAUGACCAAAGCGCAUGUGGCUCUCUCCACGGCCGGUAAUAUGGUCGCUGGUGGGCUGAGUCCCGCUAAUACUCUGGACGAGCUUUGUCGCUAUCUCGUCAACCACCCCAAUUCACAGGAGAGACUAUUCAAUGAACUACGAGAAGCCCAGUGCGCCAUGCCUGCGAAAUUUGACGAGGUCAAGAAUCUGCCUUAUCUGGAGGGCGUGGUUCGAGAAGCCUAUCGCAUGCACCAAUCUACGUCAACCAACUUGCAGAGAGUGGCUGGCCCGUCCGGUCUCACGCUUCCCAAUGGCUGCCACUUGCCAGCCGGUACUUGCGUCGGCUGUCCUGCCGGCGCCAUCAACCAGGACAUGCGCGCUUUUGGAGCCGAUGCUCAUGUCUACAAUCCUGAAAGGUGGAUGCAGGGGAAAAUGGAGACGACCGAGUCGUGGGAGUCCAGGCGAAAGCUCAUGGAUAAGACCGAGCUCUCAUUUGGCCAAGGUUCGCGAUCGUGUAUCGGCAAGAGCGUCGCCUCGCUCGAAAUAUUCAAAGUCGUGGCCACCUUGGUGGGUCAGUUCAAGGCAAGUCAGGCUGUGCCUCCUCAACCCAACCCGCGCUUACCGUGCUUUUUGCAGUUCGAGCUGGUCGGAGAAGCGAGGCACCACGAAGUCUUCGUAAAAGUGCAUCGUAGGGAGAAAUUCUUGAUGGACAUUUAA